CAGCCAUGCGUACUGAGCUUGUUGUCGGGUCGCUUGUUAUGACUGGAGAAGGCCUCGGACUCAAUUAAAACUUAUCCCCCGUUCCUGCCCCGGGACAGCCGCGUGCUCAUGGAGGGCAUGGACAUAGAUCUGGAUCCGGAGCUCAUGCAAAAAUUCAGCUGCAUGGGCACCACGGAUAAAGAUGUUCUCAUUUCGGAGUUCCAGAGGCUGCUGGGCUUUCAGCUCAACCCGGCUGGCUGCGCCUUCUUUCUGGACAUGACCAACUGGAACCUUCAAGCAGCUAUUGGUGCAUAUUAUGACUUCGAGAGUCCAAACAUCAACACACCGUCGAUGUCUUUUGUGGAAGAUGUGACGAUUGGAGAAGGGGAGUCAGUUCCUCCUAACACGCAGUUCACAAAGACAUGGAGGAUACAAAACACAGGUACAGAUUCGUGGCCGCCAGGUGUAUGUCUGAAGUAUGUUGGUGGGGAUCAGUUUGGUCAUGUGAACAUGGUGAUGGUGCGGUCUCUGGAUCCUCAAGAGAUCUCGGAUGUGAGCGUGCAGAUGCGCAGUCCAGCAGUACCAGGGAUGUAUCAGGGCCAGUGGAGAAUGUGUACAGCCACCGGACUCUUCUACGGAGAUGUGAUCUGGGUGAUUUUGAGUGUGGAGGAGGGAGGUCUGCUGGGCGUCACACAGCAGCUGUCCUCCUUCGAGACGGAGUUCAACACACAGCCACACCGCAGUCUGGAGGGAGACUUCAACCCCUUCGCCUCACCACAGAAGAACAAGCAGGACACCAAUGAGGAUCAUCUAAAAGACCCUGGGGGCCCCUGGGAGGCCCCCCUGGACUCCAUUCAGCAAGAUCAAAAUGGACUCAAUCACAGCUCUGUAAAUAUUACACCAAAUGGUCUCCAAAACAACUUAUCAGUAGAGACUUACAGCCUGGGCAUUAAUGGACCCUUCCCAUUCGGGCAGUCUUAAGGAACAGAAUCCACCUGGUAGCUCAUCGGAACUGCUGCAUUUGCCCUUUUCUGGGGUUCAGUGAGAGGAGGAACAGAUUUAUUCUAAAGACUUGGUGACCCUCCCUUCACCCUGAUGCAUCACAACAUCACAUUAAAGUGUGGACAGAUCUGUUUGGCUCCAAAAUCACUAUUCAACCAACACUGACACCCGAGAUACGCAUGUGUGAAUGCUAGAUUUAGAUGAGUGCUAGAAAUCCUAAAGAGAUAUGAAUAAUACACCGUUUUUGAUCUAUAUUGUCACAUUGCAGCAGUAAAUUCAGAGGUAUGUGUGGGUGAAUGGAUGAAUGUUUGAAUGUUUGAAUCUCAUGAAGAAAAUAAAAGGGGGGGCGGUUAUAUUUUGCUUUAGAAAAUGAUGCCUAUUGAGGACCAAUAAAAUUAUUUGCAUUGUUAUAAUAUUUUAUGACAUUUAAAACAUUUUCUACAAUUAUCUUUUAUUGAACUACCUAAUUUGAUCCAGAUAUUUGAGUUUUUGUUUUUUAAAUAUAUAAUAUGGUUUUACAGUGAAUUAUACUGACGUACCAUGUUUAUUUUAAAAAUUAAAACCAGUACAUCAAAUACUAGCAUGAUUUAUAAAUACUUCACAGUAUUGUAGGCUUCAUUUUCUUUAUGCAAAGUAUUUUUUCUUGUGUCUUUUGAUUUUAGGGUGAAAUGUGACUGGGACAUGGUCUUGACAGGUUUCGUGAGAUUCACCCAAAUAUGUGUGCGUGCGAGUGUUUCAACCAUGCGCAAAAAGCCAUCAACAAAGAUUUAAUGCCUGUUAAGUAGUUUUAUAAUUUAGAUCAAUGUUCUUUGACUUUACAAACUCAACAAUUUCAAGUAAAUAAAGGUCAACAUGCCUACUUGGAGGUUUAAUUGUGUAAUUGGUAGAUUUCCAAUUCUCUGUCAUCCACUACAAAAUUGUUCUUGAAAUCUGCUUUUGGAUCAGUAGAAAUCCACAACUACCAGUACUGCAUACAUGAGCACAUUAUGCGUCAUUUUAUUGCAAUAUACAACUGUACUGCCAUCACACAAGUCAAAUGAUAGCUGUUGUCAGAGAUGCCCUCACUAUCUUGUUGCUGUUCUCAUAUUUGUUUACAUUUAUGCUUUUCUGAGUUAUUGAGUGCUGAUGUUGGUUUCCAUUCAUAAUAAUUCAUCAGAUAUAAUAGCAAGCUGGAGAUGUGGCUUUGGUUCCCUUGUUUACUGGCCUAAGAGUCCAUAAGCACAUCAUUGGAAUAUUUUCCCAAUUCAUAUUUUCUGUCAUUCAUAUAGACCUUAGAUGGUAGUUGUCUUAAAUGAAGGUUGAGCUGAGGGUGUUUUAAUGUGGGAGAGAGUAGGAAUUGGUCCAGUUAAAGGAAUAUUCCUUGUUAAAUAGAAGUUAAGAUCUAUCAAAAACACUGGUGACACAGAAAAUAGUUUUGACUUGUACCUUAGUUUGUAAAAACUCACACAUGCACUGUCAGUUAUGAACUUAAAAUGGAAGUCUAAGGGGGCAACCGCUUGCCCCAUAGAUGUCCAUUGUUAGUCCAUUUCUCAUCACCCUUUUGUUUUACUGUCUGAAUGAUUUUCUGUGGUCACAGAUACUGACGAAAGAGCUUAACUUGCAUUUAACCCAGAAUACUCUCUUAAUUUGAAUGCCCUUGAGUAAUAACUGAAUGUAAGAAAUUGUCAAUUUUGAGCUCAAAAGCUUCAAAACAUUUGAAUGCGUGAAAAAAAAUGUGGAAUUAUUUUGGUUUAAAUAGUGCCUCUGUAUUGAUGGAAGCCUCUUGGAUGUUUAUAUCUUGCUAAAUAUAUCUGAAAGGUCAUUUUCCGUAAACUCACCGUAAAGAUUAAAGUCUUCAUAGAUCAUAAACGAAUCAAAUCUUUAAAAAAACAGUCCCCCAUAAUGCUUUUCUUUUUAUUUGUCCAUUUAAUAAGAGACAAGUUGGGUCAUGCAAUUCAAAAAUAAUCACCUGGUAACCUAAAGCAGAAUGCAAAUAAAGGACUGACAUUAUUAUGUCAAGGCACAAGAGAUUUGUGCAAUCAUGUCAUGUGAAUGGAAUAGUCAGGCGUUUUUUGUCAAAUUCCCCCUGAGUUCUAUGCACUUGGAAGGUUUUGCCAUUAACAACACCAACAUAGCGUCCAGAUUUGUUUUAUUUACUGUGUGGCUUCACUUUUACAUUGCGACAAAUCUAUGCAGUGUUUUAAGGGACAGUCCCUUCUAUUUUUCAAAAAGUUGCACUCAGUUAAAGCAUAAAAGUGGUAAAUGCUCUUGAGGCUGGUCGCCAUUUUACAUUGUCGUAAGGACUGAUGAAGACUCUUCACUUAGAGCUCGGCCCAUAGACGGCUCAUUGGAUGAUGUCAUAGAUUUAUCAUUUAAGUCUUUAAACUGUUCAUUUUGAAUGUCCUCAUCCCAAGCACUGCACACAUCAUAGCCUCCUUCCAAUUUAUAAUUACCCUCUGGAUUUUUAUUUCUAUUUUUUGUGUUGCUUAUGCAUGUGAGAAGUGUGAUUGAUUCAUUACUGCGUUAUUGUCUUUUUUUCUGAUUUCUCUUUUUUUUUCUGUUAGAUCUGUUGGGUUUUCUGCACCGUGGCAUGGUGUAUGAUUGAGAUGAGAGUUUGCAUAGUCCUAUGAUAGCACAGUGAAAAAUAAGAUAUGAAAAGCCUUUUCCUGUAUGUACAAUUUGAACAUUUGUAUGAUUAAAUUAACAGUGAAACAAAA